UGGAUAUUGUAUGUGCGAAUAUUUCAUGUGUUUAAAUAUUGUUGAAUGUUGAUGGUUUGAAUUUGAUUCAUUGGUGGUUAUAUUAAUCGUUUUGUGAAGUGGAAAUAUGUCGGAAAAUAAAGAAGAACUAAUCCGACACAAAUAUGAAUAUCGGGCGCCGGAGGGCGGUUGGGGUUACAUGAUAGGCCUGGGAAUGGCUUUAUCAUUUAUCGUUGCAUUAUGCCCGGUUCCUUCAUUUGGUUUAAUUUUUGGAGAUUUCCUAGAUAGCCUAGGAGAAAAAACUAGUGCCUUGACGCUAUUAAAUAGCGCAUUUUUUAGCAGUUUAGCAUUUUCAGGACUUUUAACCAAUUCUUUAUUCCAAAAAUUCACAUGCCGCCAGGUGGGCAUUACUGGAGGGUUACUAUUCUUUUUGGGAAGUGCCCUGACAGUUUUUGUCACAUCAGUUGCACAAAUGCUGUUUACAUUUAGUAUUAUUCAAGGAAUUGGAUUCGGCCUAAUGAUUCCAGCCGCAUUUACCACAUUCAAUGCAUAUUUCGUAGAAAGACGUGCAAUGAUAAUGUCCGCAUCCCAAACUUUAAUAGGCGUAGGAUCAAUGGUAUAUCCAUUAUUAGUCCAGAAAUUAAUAGAUAAUUUUGGAUUCCGUGGUAUGCUACUGGUAAUGGCAGCAAUAAACGGACAUGCCGUUUUAGGUAUGGUUAUGAUGCAGCCCGUAGAAUACCAUCGAAUAAAAGUAUUGGUGCCCGUGGAGUUGGAUAAUUUGGAUCCAAACGGCAAACAAUCUGAAGAUCCAGCAAAUGGAAAACCAUCCAAUGAAACUCCUCAACAAUUACCGCGUAAGGAAAGUCAUUCCCAUGAACCUUUAUUAUUCCAAGGAAGAAAAAGCAGUAGACAACAUAGUAUUGUAAAUAAACUACCACUGCACAUAACAGAUUCACCAAAAGCUAGGGAUAUAGAAGGCGUAACUCCAGUUAAGAUGCUUCAAUAUGAAGAACAUAGAAUGAGAAGACGUGGAUCUUCCAUUUCUAGUUUAGGCAAUUGGACUGGAGCAGUCAUUGUCAGUGAUAGUACUGCACCGGUAGAGAAGAAAUCUAGGGGAAAAUUGCAAGUUAUCGUUGACUUUUUGGAUUUGACUUUGUUAAAAGACUGGAUUUAUGUAAAUAUGGUUAUUGGAGUGACAUUUGCACUAUACUCCGACAUAGCAUUUUCUGCUAUUCAAACAAUGUAUCUGUUUGCAUUAGGCUGGUCAAAGACUGAUACAGCAAUUUGUGUAUCUGCCGCAGCUGCUGCAGAUUUGUCAUCAAGGAUGUUUUUGGCAGGAAUGACUGCUUGUGUUAAAGUCAGCAGUAGAACAGUAUUUUUAGCGGGAGCUUUAUUCUCAGUUUUCGCACGUAUAGUGUUCUUGUACGUGACUGACUUUACAAUGAUGCUUAUAAUAUCAAGUUUUUUGGGAUUCUUCCGUACAUGGAUUCAUGUGCCUUUACCUUUAGUAUUUGCCGAAUAUUUUUCACAGGAGAGAUUUCCUUCAGCAUACGGACUGUUCAUGUUCUUGCAAGGAAUAAUGACAUUGGCUUUGGGUCCAAUUGUUGGAUUUAUUCGAGAUGCAACACACAGCUACAUAAUAUGUUUCCAUGCCUUGACUGUGUGUUUACUCAUUUGCUGUAUACCAUGGCUUGCCGAGAUGGCGUGGUUAAAAAUGAAAAAUAAGAAAUAAAUUUAAGAAUUAAGUUAAUAUUAAUGGAAAAAUUAUAUAUAGUUUAUGUGAAUUUUAUCACACGUGUUAUAUAUCUUUAUAAAAGUAAUUUAUAAAGGAUUGUCACAGAAAAUAUAAAUGACAAAAAAAAUGUUAACUAUACUUGUAAGUAGCAUUUUGCCUUAGGACAAGUUGCAUAAACAUUCCGAUACAUACA